GUAGGUUUGUAGCGAGUGUUGAUGAAAUGUGGAUACCUACCUGAAUUACUCUGUGGAUUUUUUAGUUUUAGUAACAGACCAAGAUGUGUCAAUGUCAUCCAUUACAUCAGUGUGUAGGUUUUCUGUCUUCAGUGCUGUCUGUGUUAACGCGAGACACUCUGACUUGAUGGGUGGAUCCAGCUGUGGUGUGACCACUCAGUAAACCAGCACGAUGGGUGAAAUACAGAAUGGUGAAGAAUCUCAGAACACAACACAGCUCAAUGUGCAGUCGUCCAUCAAGUCGAAGGACCCAGAGGCUGACGAGGAGGCGAAACCCGUCCCGCAGGUCUCGGCCUUCGAGCAGCUGUCUCACGAGCUGAACACAGACCAGAGGUACAUGAAGGAGAUCACGCUGGGCAAGCGAAUUGGAUUCUACCGUAUCCGUGGAGAACUCGGCUCCGGAAACUUCUCCCAGGUCAAGAUGGGAAUCCAUGCGCUCACUAAAGAGAAGGUGGCCAUUAAGAUCCUGGACAAGACGAAGCUGGACCAGAAGACGCAGCGUCUGCUGUCACGUGAGAUCUCCAGCAUGGAGCAGCUGCAUCACCCGAACAUCAUUCGCCUCUACGAGGUCGUUGAGACACUCGCCAAGCUGCACAUCGUCAUGGAGUAUGCCAGCGGCGGCGAACUCUUCACCAAGAUAUCCAACGAAGGACGACUUCCUGAAGCAGAAGCCAAACCUCUUUUUGCUCAAGUCGUAUCAGCCGUCCAACAUAUGCACACCUUGAAUAUCAUCCACCGUGACUUGAAGGCGGAGAAUGUUUUCUUCGCGGCGCCGAAGCUCGUCAAGGUUGGCGACUUUGGUUUCAGCACGUACAGCAAGCACGACCAGACUCUGAACACGUUCUGUGGCUCCCCGCCCUAUGCCGCUCCCGAACUCUUCAAGGACGAGAGCUACUUCGGCAUGUUCGUCGACCUGUGGGCGCUCGGCAUUAUGCUCUACUUCAUGCUGACUGGCAUCAUGCCAUUCCGGGCAGAGACCGUCUCCAAGCUGAAGAAGUGCAUCCUGGAUGGAAGUUACUCCAUCCCGUCCUACGUGACAGACAGUGGCCAGUUCCUCAUCCGCAGUAUCCUCAAACACGUUCCGCAUGACCGAUUCACCAUCCCCGAAAUCAAGCGCUGCGACUGGCUGGAAGGAUGCAUCUUCCCCAAGCCCUUCGAGCCAUACAACCUUCAUCCCACGACAAGUAGUUCCACCGUCAUCAGUGAGGAUGAACACACAGCCAGGACUAUUUUGAAAGACAUUGGGAUUACUGACGCUCAGGUGAAAAGUGCUAACCAUCGUGAUUCACGGAGCAGUAUUACGGGCACGUAUCGCAUCGUUCUGCACCGCGUGCAGAAGAAGAACUUGGGAUUUGACGAUUACCCCGUUGAACAGCAGGAGAAUAUGCUCUCCAUGGUGUCCAAACAGAGCCAUACGGUGUUACAGAAAAACAUCGCAUCCAGGACUUGUGUUAUAUUGUGAUGCCUGUCAAAACGUAGGUCCGGUGGCUCAUUCUUUUAAGUUAAUUGACACGUGGUAGUGUCUUCUUGCCACAGUCUGUGAUUACCUAGGACUCUAAACACAUAUCAGCAACAGACUGGGUCCAUCCACUGCGCGAGUUACAACUGUUUACUUGUAGCCUUGUGGACUGUUCAGGUGAAACUGUAGCUGUUUACUUGUAGCCUUGUAGACUGUUCAGGUCAAAUUGUAGCUGUUUACUUGUAGCCUUGUAGACUGUUCAGGUCAAUCUGUAGCUGUGAUAUACAAUGUCUGUAUUAUUGUUUGUAUUCUCCUCACCUUGGAAACACUGCACACUCAACUAGACUAACCUUAAACACAGUUCACAGAGGCUAACCUUCAGAAAACAGUGCUAGUGGAGCCAAACCUUGAACACAGUUCCCACAUGACCUCACCUUGCAAACAGUUCCUACUGGAUGACUAACCUUGGAAAACAUAGUGUGUGCUUUAAACCAAUCAACUCACAAAACACAGCCAUUUUAAUUUUAAUUUUAAAUAUUUGAAAGACUAGUUCGAACGUGUGAAAACGACACAGAGUUUGGUUAAUCUACAAACCUGUCACACAUUGCAGUAAUCUUAAUAUUAAAACGUAGACUAGAGUUCGUCUCCAUAACCAUUACUUCUCAGAGAUAUGUAUGUUUUUGAAAUUUAAAAAAUGCAUUUCGUGGUAUUUAGCCACCAGGAUGAUGAGAAACACUUCAAAUGUAUGGAAAUGGAUAACCUAAACAAUAAAAUCGAAGUAAUAUGUGAUUUUUAUAAAUUAUGAAAAAUGGCUCUAAUAGUAAAAAAUAUGACUUAGUGUUUAAAACUUAGGAUCUGUUACUGUAAGAUUUGUUUUAAAUGUAAGAAUACUAAAAAUACAAUUGGCAAUUAUGGUGUCGAACAGACCUGUAUAUUUCUCAGUGUGAAUUCUUCAGCAUGUAAUCUAAACUUGCUGUGUUGCUGUAAGGUUUUUUCCAUAAAAGGAACAAGUAGCAAUAAUGCCUGGGUAAGAACCAGUAUCGAGUAAUCCGUCCAUGACUUAAUUUAUCCACAAACCAUACAGGACAUCUGAAGGACUUCUUGUUUGUUUGUUGAAUAUUCUUCACUGGACUGGUCACAUAAUGCAGAUGUUAUUUAUUCCAGUUAGUGCCAGAACAGUAUGUUUAUCUUGCAGUACAAUACAGAAGACAAAAUUUCAUGUCAGUUGUCAUUUAGUUUUUAUUUCAGUUGUAUAACUUCUCAUUUACAUGAAUCAUAAACCAGUUACCAUAUUCGCUCUUGAGUUCUCCAAAAAGAUUGUGCAAAUAUGUGAUGGGUCAUCGAAAAGUUCUCGGCCUAACUGGUGAGAGAGUAGCUAGUAAGAGCCAUGACAUGGCAUGAUUAUGCAAGACAACGGCUAACCACUCUAACAUAGCCAGUGAAUGAGGCAUCUUGCAAGCACGAAACCAGAACAUCCUAACAAAUGUGCUGGCCAUGAGAAAGAUUUCACAAAAGGUGUGCUGUUCAAUCAGAAUAAUGUGCCUACUCGCAUGUCACUGGUCGCCAUGGCUGGCAGCAGUGUAUCACUAUGGCUUCCAACUUACUAAUCACCCAACAUAUUUUCCAGACCCAGGGCCAGAUUUAAACUUUGGGGGGCACAGGGCACUUCAGGUUCAGGGCCCGACAACAUAGAAAUUAAAUUACAUGACAGAUAAAAAAAUGAACUAAUUUUAUAAUUAUUAUAUUUUUUUUAUAAAGGAAGUCCUUAGUUUGGGGGGCUCCUCUGGCAGGGGGGCCCGGGACAGUUGCUCCCUUUGCCCCCUUAUAACUCCGGCACUCUCCAGACCUAGCACUGUUUGACAUACCAAUUUUCUGUCAUGAAAAGGAGUUCGCUGGCAUUUUCACUGUUGAGUUGUUUUUCAACCUGUAGAAGAAUCCCCCUUUGUCAGAAUGAAUUAAUGUUUAACGAUACCUCAGCACAAAAAUACACAUCGGCUACUGGGUGUCAAACAAAGGUAAGCAUAUGAAUAGGAUAUGUUAAAAACCACAUCUAUAUAAUUAGAUGUAAAAAACAAAUAAAUACAAAACAAUGUAAGAGUUGUGAAUAAAGUAUGAAUAUCAAGGUAAAUGUAUUUUAAAACUUAGGAUAAAAAUCAAAAUUUUAAAAACUUUAAAAUUAAUUCUAGUUCUUUGUCAGAGGAUCCAGUAGGCUGAGAACUUUUCAAUCUUCCCUCCGGGAACUGGGUAUUCAUAGACCCCAACCUUCUAAGCUUAAAAAAAAUUUAUGCUAAUAUCUGCAUACCUGGUAGCCUGGAAAUGAAAAGAUGCCAAUUGGUGUAUAUGUGAUGUCUUCCGCUUUUACCAUUUAACGGACUCUGUGGAGGUUUCCUGGUAACUGUGAAAACGAUACAUUGGUAAAAGCCUUAGCACAGUUGUCUCCCUUCAGUUAUUAUUGGUUAUUACAUACUAGUCUCUCUCAUUGGUUGCUACAUCCUUCAUUGGUUGUUUGCCAGUUUGUGAUUGGUAGUGUUAGUCUGUGAUUGGUUCUUUCACCAUAACUGGUUGUGAUGGGUGGAUGCCGGCUGUGAUUGGUUUUUAUAUGCUGUGAUUAGUAAUUCCAAGUGGUGAUUGGUCAUUACUGGCUGUGAUUGGUUGUCUUAUGAUUUGUGAUUUGGUGGUAGUCUGUGAUUGUUUGUUUAAGUUUGACUGGGCAUGCUGUGGCAAAUAAUUAGUUCACAUGUUCACAUCCACAGCAGUCUCUGGGAAAGUGUCCACAGUUCUGAUCACAGACUGACUUAUUAGUAGCAGGUGUGAAUUUUUGUAUUGAUCGGUAAUGCCAUCUUUUAGAAAGAGUGCCACAUAGAAUCUUUGGGAAAAUAUGAAAUCAUUCCUUGUUUCUGUUUCACGUUCUCUUGAACAAAUGUUAUGAUCCUUUCACCUGCAAGUCUUUAUGUGGUCAACUUAACCCCCAGUUAACAGUUAACAGUUAACAGUGCUCAUAGUUGCAAAGCAAUUAUUAUUAAACAAAAUUAAUUUUAAGAUUACAUAUAAUCUCACAUUAUGAGUGUAUGAGAUGUGAAUUAAUAUAAAGGUUAUACAGUGACACCUGUUUAAAGCAGAAACCUGACUGAGUGUGGCUUCUUAAUGCAGAUGGCUGGUUUGGCAGUGGUUAAACCCUUGGAUUUGAGGUCGAUAGGGUUCACAUACAGGUACUCACUCACUCCCACAGUGAGUUUCCAUGCUUUGAUGGAUAUGUGUAAAACCACUACACAACUUCUGGCUCACUAAUCCACUAUCCUGGACAGUAACUGAAGUGUGUGCCCAGGCCAGCAUGCUUGAAUCUUAAUUGGAUGUAAGGAUGAAGUAAGUUAAAAUGAAUGAAAUGAAUAUACAGUGAUCUGACUGGGUUCAGCCUCAUCUUUUCAUAUCACAGGAGUCAUUGGAGUUGUUAGUGUGUGAUCUCUUUGUUAUGAAUAUAUUGUUCAACAAAUGAUUUAAUGAAUGAAAGAAUGUUGACCGACACCCCAGCACAAUAACACACAUCAGUUGUUGGGUGUCAUACAAAGGUAGGUAUAUGACAAUGAUUAUGGCAUUGUUCAAAGGCUGAAGGACGUUUGUUCAUCUUGACACCCACAGAUAGUGUGUUAACGGAUAUUUCAGUAAACCAAUGCAGUGAAUGGUGCUGGGAGUAACCGGAUGUUUAAUACAAGAGAUGUGGUAUGCAUUUAUUUGUCUGUCCAAAGUUCAAGGUCAUACUGGUAGAAUUAAAUUCACACACACAUUUAUAUAGAGUGACAUUUUUUAAAACUGACGAAUACUGUUGAGACCUUUUUGUACUGUGGGUCGUUUGAGAAAUACAUCACAAGGGAGGUUUUGGAGGGGGGGGGGGGUGUUUAUGAUUGGUCUGUGCUGUAAUUUAAUAACUAAUUCAGUCAUUUUACCUCAUGUACAUUCCAAUUUCUCCCAAAAUUUCAAUCUGUGUUGACCCUUUCUGUCACUUUCCUCCAACUCUUGUCUGCUGAACUGUCCACACCAUCACCUUCCUGUCACAACUUCCACCACGGGUGCAGUCUCUUCCCUGGACCCACCUGGCAUCCUUGUCCUCUACUGCUAAUAAAGUUGGUCUGACUCAUGGAACUAACGACUGCCGGUAGUAGGGGAGCAGAGUAGGUGGUUACAAGUGCCUCCUAACAAUGCCAGAAGUAACUACUGAACACACUUCAAAGUGGUCAGACUAAGCCCACAGUUAAAAGCUGAUAGGAAAUGGCAGGUGUGUGGCACAGAUAGCCACAAGAGACAAGCUCCUGUUGUGGUUUGAGACCAGGACUGGGAUGUGGAGGUGGACAGCGAAAGAAAUUGAAAGAUAGUAGGAGUUGCCAAAUCGGGAAGAAAUGAGAUGGAAUUAAACGAGUUGAAGGAAAGGGGUCAAUGUCUUCUGUGGUUGAUGGAUAUAUCAACAACAUUCCCACCUCACCCUCCCACCCUGGUUGAUGGAUAUA